UCUUCGCUAGCAGUUUCCGCAAACUGGUUACCUCCCCUCUGCUGUGACGCAGAGAGAGAAAGAGAGAGAGGGAGAGAGAGACGGAGAGACUAUAGUAUUUUCUCUGUCAGAGAUCUUUAAUAUAUAAGACUUCUGAAACCCCUUUCUCUUUCGUUACCUCUCUCUCUCUAUCUAUAUCUCGGAGGGGAAGAAGAUAGACCGCGUUUUCUUGGAAAUGAACCCACCAAGAACGAGAAACUAGUAAGCGGUGUUGAUCUUUCCCCUUGUUCUAAAUCCUUGAACUACCAUUUUCACAUUUGACCAAUCGCUUCUCACAUUAUUUCUUCCAAUCUCUUCACUUUCCCCUUUCACCUUCAAUGCCAAUUAAUGCAAUAUAACAACUAUUGGCGUUCCAUCCAUCAUUUCCACCCGUAGAACCCUUUCCUCUUGAAUCCACAUUCAGUGUUCGCAAUGGGUCUUUUCCGGUUACUCCAUGCCAUGUCCUUCCUUUUUCUUUCUGCUUCAUUCUGCCUCGGGAUUCGCUCUAUUCCGGGGAGAGAAAUGGACGGCGGUGAUGGUAUUCAACUGGGUGGACUCCGAUUUGCAGAGGCGCCGGACUACCGUAAUGGGAUAGAAUGCCCAGUGUCAGGCAAUAGACAGUUCGUGUCUUCAUGUGACCGUUCUUUGGUUCACGUAGCCAUGACUCUGGAUUCGGAGUAUCUACGAGGGUCAAUCGCUGCUGUUCACUCUGUUCUAAAACACGCUUCUUGCCCAGAAAACGUGUUCUUCCAUUUUAUUGCGGCGGAGUUCGAUAAGGCGAGUCCUCGAGUUCUGGGCCAACUCGUUCGGUCCACUUUUCCUUCACUCAGUUUCAAGGUUUAUAUAUUCAGAGAAGACACCGUCAUCAAUUUAAUCUCUUCAUCAAUCCGUCAAGCCUUAGAAAACCCACUAAAUUACGCAAGAAACUAUCUCGGAGACAUCCUAGAUCCCUGCGUUGACCGAGUCAUUUACCUGGACUCGGAUGUGGUCGUUGUGGACGAUAUACACAAGCUCUGGAGCAUAACCCUUGCUGGGUCAAGAAUCAUUGGCGCACCUGAGUAUUGCCAUGCCAAUUUCACCAAGUAUUUCACUGAUGUGUUCUGGUCGGACCCUGUUCUUUCUCGGGUUUUCUCAGCGCGGAAGCCCUGUUACUUCAACACUGGGGUAAUGGUGAUGGAUUUGGUGAGUUGGAGAGAGGGGAAUUACAGGAGGAGAAUCGAGAAUUGGAUGGAGAUACAGAGGAAGAGGAGGAUUUACGAGUUGGGUUCACUGCCGCCGUUUUUAUUGGUGUUCGCGGGUAAUAUAGAGGCUAUUGAUCACCGGUGGAACCAGCACGGUCUGGGCGGGGAUAAUGUGAGAGGGAGCUGCCGGUCAUUGCAUCCAGGUCCAGUUAGCUUGCUUCAUUGGAGUGGGAAAGGGAAGCCUUGGGUUAGACUAGAUGGCAAGAAGCCUUGCCCUCUUGAUCAUCUGUGGGAGCCUUAUGAUCUCUAUAAAGGUUAUGAUAAUGGUGGAGUGAAAGAUCAUUCUAUGGGGUUUUCCAGUUCUUCUCAAUCUAUAAUGAUGGGUUAUUUGUGAUUCUUUGGAUUUUUUUUUCAAUUUUUAAUUUAAACAUUUUAAGAAAUUCUUUCCUAGAUGUGUACAGUUUAGGAACCGGGAUGGGAAGAGAUUGAUGGGUUUUUAUUUUGAUUUAAUUAAUAUGCUUCAGGAUUUUAAAUCCCCAUUUGAAGGGUUCUAUUGCUGUGGAACAAUUUGUGGGAUAAUGAUAUCUUUGUAUGUAAGAGAAUAACAUACAGUUGUUCAUUGUUCA